UUUGGUGGUCGGCGGGCAGUAUGAACGAGCGUAUAAAAGCAUAAGGUUGGCUGAUUCGUCUAGUCAUAUGAUGGUCGAAUCUCGUCGUUCCUAUAGUAACAAUUCAAUAUAAACGAUAAAGGAUAUUCACUUAAAAUGUUGAAGGUUACUAUAACUCUUGCUCUUAUGGCUGUUGCCAUGGCUAUGCCGCAACGUUACCGUCCGUUUGGUGGUGGCCACGGUCAUCCACAAAGCGGCUUCGGCCAGCCUGGGUUCCAGCAAUUCGGCCAGCAGCCUGGUUACUAUCAAGGUGGAUUUGGACAACCAGGUUUCCAGCAAAGCGGUUUCCUGGGGCCCACUGCUUUAACUGGCUCGGGAACCGGUGCUGGAGCCGGAACUGGUAACGCUGGACCCGGAGGAGCUUCUGCAUCAGGCGUCGGCAUCUCGAGCGCUCAGGAUGGUGGAUUUGGUACUUCUUCCGGCACCGGAACCGCUAAUCUCAACACUUUUACAGGCGAAGCUGCAGCUACUGGUACUGGUGACGGAAGCAGCGGUGGAUUACCUCAAGGCUUAUUCGGUCAGCCUGGACUCCAGUACGGAGGGUUCGGUAGGCCAGCAGCUUUGCAGCAAGGUGGGCAUGCCCAACAACCUGGAUAUGCCCAACAACCUGGAUUUGGGGGUCUCCAAUCAGCCGGUCUCCAACAAGGAGGAGUCCUUCAGCCAGGAUUCGGAGGAUUUCCUGGUUUUGGUGGGUCUGGAACCGGUUCUGGAGCUGGAACGGGUAGCGCUGGACCUGGAGGAGUAUCUGCAUCUGGCGUCGGCAUUUCAAGCGCACAGAAUGGCGGAGUGAGUACCGGAACCGGAACUGGAACAGCUUCUCUCAACACCUUUACGGGUGAGGCUGGAGCCACUGGUACGGGUGACGGAGUCAGUUUUGGGAAAUAAACGCACCCAUCAUGGCUUACAAAUGUGCAUGCUUGUGAAUGUUAUUAAUGAAAUUGAUGAUAACUCAAUAUGUUGUAUCGCUGAUAAAGUCUUCGCCCAAAAAACUAAAAUAUACAUUUUCGCACUCGCAGAAAAA